AGGAACCCCAGUUUCCCAGGAGUACUGACUCCUUGACUAAUGGCCAAUCUCUAAGCAGAGGGGAGGACAGAGCCUGGUGUUUGUGUCAUGGUCAGGUGUAUGGGAGCUGGGGGCUGGGCAGGCAUCAGUAUUAGUUAGUAGGUUGGGAAACUCAGCUUUGCCAACCAUGCCCUUACAGCCUCUCAGAGGAGCACUGAUCGGAGGCUGGAGACAGGAUUCAUGGUUAAGCCAGGGGGCAUCUUCCCUGUUGAAGGUCCCUGCACAGCUGCCUGUUGCAUCAUAGACGUUUGCAGAAUGCUUUAUUUUAUGAGACUCGCUUUGUUCUUAUUUUGCCUGAUGGCUCUUGUGGAAAGCAGAAAGCCCAGAAGAAAGAGAUGGACAGGGAACCUGGAAACAUCCAAGCCAAGUCACCUGUAUAAAAAGAAUCCUGAUGUGACCAAGGUCCGGACGGGAAAACCUCGGCCUCUGCUCAGGGUAGAGGACCAUGACUUCUCCAUGAGGCCAGCCUUUGGAGGCCCAGCCAUCCCCGUAGGUGUGGACGUGCAGGUGGAGAGUCUGGACAGCAUCUCCGAGGUGGACAUGGACUUCACUAUGACCCUGUACCUGAGGCAUUACUGGAGGGACGAGAGGCUGGCCUUUCCUAGCAGUAGCAACAAGAGCAUGACCUUUGAUGGCAGGCUGGUGAAAAAGAUCUGGGUUCCUGAUGUCUUCUUUGUGCACUCCAAAAGAUCAUUUAUUCACGACACCACCACUGACAACAUCAUGCUUCGAGUGUUCCCAGACGGUCACGUGCUGUACAGCAUGAGGAUUACCGUCACUGCCAUGUGCAACAUGGACUUCAGCCACUUCCCCCUGGACACACAGACCUGCUCUUUGGAGCUAGAGAGCUAUGCGUACACAGAUGAAGAUCUGAUGCUGUACUGGAAGAAUGGGGACGAGUCCCUGAAAACGGACGAGAAGAUCUCCUUGUCCCAGUUUCUGAUCCAGAAAUUUCACACGACUUCCAGACUGGCUUUCUACAGCAGCACUGGCUGGUACAACCGUCUGUACAUCAACUUCACUCUGCGUCGUCACAUCUUCUUCUUCUUGCUCCAAACCUACUUCCCUGCCACCCUCAUGGUCAUGCUGUCCUGGGUGUCCUUCUGGAUUGACUACAAAGCUGUGCCUGCCAGAGUCUCACUGGGCAUCAUGACGGUGUUGACCAUGUCUACCAUCAUCACGGGCGUGAACGCCUCCAUGCCCCGAGUGUCCUACAUCCGAGCCGUGGACAUCUACCUCUGGGUCAGCUUUGUGUUCGUGUUCCUGUCCGUGCUGGAGUACGCAGCCGUCAACUACCUGACCACAGUGCAGGAGCAGAAGGAACGGAAGUUUCGAGAGAAGUCUGUUGGUGAUGUUGAAAGACCCUCGUGGAGGGGAGACCCUCACUCAAGUCUCGGGAUAUCAAAGCCACCCAGUAACUCACAAGACACUGAACUCGAUGCAAGCGCAAGAGGUUUAUUUCGGGAUCAGAAGCAGCAUGCUGAGGCCGAGACUCCAAGGAGUGUUGACCCCGAGGCAGGGGAGUACAGGCUUCCAUGCAUGUGUGGAAUGCUUCAUUCAAGGACCAUGGUGCUGGAUGGAAGCUACAGUGAAUCUGAGGCCAACAGCCUGGCUGGCUACCCAAGAAGCCAUAUUCUGCCAGAAGAAGAAAGGCAAGACAAAAUUAUGGUUCAUUUGGCCCUCAACAGUGAAUUGACGUCCUCCAGAAAGAAAGGUCUUCUCAAAAGCCAAAUGGGGCUGUACAUUUUCCAGAACACCCAUGCCAUUGACAAAUACUCCAGGUUGAUAUUUCCUGCCUUCUACAUAGUUUUCAACCUAAUUUAUUGGUCAGUGUUUUCCUAGGGAUUCCAAGGCUGUGUGUAGGAAAGGGCAUGGGCAUCGUUGGUGGAUACAUGGACCUAAUCACCACACUUCCUACACCAGGCCAAGCAGCUGCUCCUGGCUUAGAGGAGCCCAGGGACCCCCAGCUGCCCGCUCCCCAGCUUCACGGUUCUUUUCCUAGUUCGUGCUAUCCCAUAUCACACUUCUGGCUUCCCGAACAGAGAACUGUCUUCUUCUGCUGCUUGUAAACUUGUUCAGAAGAACCCACCCUCCCAACUAUCUACUUAAUAAAAGACUCAACUGCCUUCCAGAUGUUCUGAGAUGCUCAGUAUGGGAAGAAAGAAAAGAAAGGGCGAACUAAGGGGGCAUUCUGGGUAAGAAACUAGAUGCAAAAAUCUGUGAAUUUAUUCAGUUGGAUUAAGUACCUAAGUGGGAAGGAAAACACUCUCAGAAUAGAGACAGGAAGCGAUUUGACCUACACAAAACUGGCAACUGAGAUGAUUUUAUAAACUCCAGAGGAAGCUGUUCAUUUCCCUGUUCAUUCAAUUAUUUAUUAAAUACUGAGUUCCCUC